AAAAACCCUUUGCAGAAAAAAAAAACUUGUUCUCUUUUUCGUUCCGUUUUUCAUUUGCACCUUGUCUACUAUUCCACGCUCGGAUCCAUCGGUAGCACCAAUCCGGGUCUUACCAUGAAGUUCGGCAGCCUCAUCAUCGCCGGGGCAGCACUUCUGCUUUCGGAUCUCGUCGCCGGUCAAACGGCUGAUAGGAGGACACUCGACAACAAUUAUCCUCAGACGGCCAAUCUCCCCACUGGGUGGAGAUACCUGGGAUGUUACUCUGAUCGAAAGUUCAGCGACGUUGGAGAUCGUGCUUUGGGUGGCUACUUCAGACUGGCCAACCCUCAGGGUGGCAGCGCGUGUAUCAACGUCUGCAAGGGCAUCAACCCCAACUACAAGUAUGCGGGUACCGAGGACAACCAGUGCUGGUGUGAUACCGGCCUCAACAACAACGGCACCACCACUUACGGACAGAAGCUUCCUGAAGCCUACUGCAACUAUGCUUGCCGUGGGAGUCAGGCUACCAGCCCCCAGACGUGCGGUAACGUCAACACUGGAACGACCAAGGAAACCGGUCCUGCUCUUUCCAUCUACACCAGCGAGCAGGUAAGUGGGUUUUCAUUUGCCUGUGUGCUUGUGCUUGUGCUUGUGCUCUGUGUUGCUUCGUUUUGUUCGAUUUGCCCAAGGACGACCGGGAUGGGGAGAGGAGGAUGCGAGUUGAGACGGCGGGGAGAGGUGGUGGUGAGGCGAUGGGUGGGAGGGGCAUGCGGUAGUGGGAUGGACCAGGCUAGAGCAAGCAGUGGGUUGAUGGGAAAACAAUGUGAAUUUCUGCUCGCAAUCGAUGCACUGGGACUUGGUGAUGUAGCUGCUCAGUAUAUGUGCAGUGCGAGUGGUGGAGAGUUGCACGGCCCCGGGAUGGCUUGCAGGACCCCCCGUCCAUCUUCUUCCCCGCCUCUGCCGCUCGGGGCGCGCCGCGGCUUUGGCCCCCCAUUUCCCCCAUCACACUGCACCUGGGCUGGGCCGAUCCCGGCCAUGCUUUCAUCAUCGCAAAGACCUGCUAAGGCCCAGGCGAAAGAAUUUUGUGCCUUGACUCACCCGCUCCCUCACAACCUACCUUAUAUUUGAU